UCCAGGCCAGCCUUGCUUGAACUUGCUAUGUAGCUCAGGCUGGCUUCAGACUUAUGAACCUUUUGCCUCAGCCUCUUAGUAUUACAAGUGUGAUAGUCACUUUUAAGAGUCCUGCAUUACAUAUGCAAAAAAAGGCACUGGAAGGAGGUUCAGUAAGAGAGACUUACAGGGUAAAGUUGAGUUAGGAAACAGAAACCGUUAAGUCGUAUUUUGCAAAGCUGAUAAUAUGGUGUUUAGGUAGACAGAAAUUUGGCAGAAGAUACAGGGAUUUUUCUGCCAUCUUGAACCUGUUACUUUUUCCCCUCAUACACAUUUUCCUACUGAUUUCCAAAAGGGCACGAAUAUCUCAAGGCUUUGGAUUCAGCAAUUUUUAAAAUCUGUUUUUGAUAAAUAUUGUAUUUUCCAACGACCACAGAGAUCUUAUCUUUAUACAGUUAAGUUAAAAAGUAGCAGCUUCACGGAAAUUCUAGGGGCUUCUAAUCCCAGUAGUGUUCAUACUGUGUAUCAAAUUAUAAUUUACAGACACCUGCUUGCAGUGAACCCUACGUUUCCCAGCCUGUAAAUCGCUUGCCGGAAGCAUACGUCCUUUGUCAUGCUCGCGCGAUGCAGUCUGGGGAUUGUAGUUUCUGGCGGUCCAACGAUUUCAACAGCCGGGGAAGCAACUACAGGAAGUACGAUCCUGAGGGGUGGAGCCAGAGUGGCGGCUGCUGCUGUGGUUGCCAGGAGCCCGCGUUGCCGCCGGAGAGACCCGUAAUAUGGCGGGGAGAAGGAGAAGGAGGCGGCGAACCGAGCUGCUCUCUACCAGAACCGUUUGAGCUGUUUUCUUUCGGACAAGGUCCGUGGCGACGGAGGAAAACUGACAGGCCGCGAGUGAUCAAUGGACAAGGCUGGGAAGGUACCUGUUCUUAUGGAGGAGGAAGACAGAUAAACCAAGGAAAUAAACAAGAUAAUUUCAGAUAGUGUGUUAUUGCAGGAAGAUGGAGGAAUAUGAAGAGUUCUGUGAGAAGACUCUUGCCAGAAUCCAAGAAGCAUCACUAUCCACAGAAAGCUUUCUACCUGCUCAGGCUGAAAGUAUCUCACUGAUUCGCUUCCAUGGAGUGGCCGUACUUUCUCCACUGCUUAAUACUGAAAAAAGAAAUGAAAUACAACAAGAAAAGCAGAAAGCACUUGAUAUAGAAGCAAGAAAACAGGUUAAUCGGAAGAAGGCUUUAUUGACUCGUGUCCAGGAGAUUCUUGAAAAUGUCCAGGUUAGAAAAGCACGUAAAGCCAGUGAUUUUGAUCAGUGGGAGACCAACACAGUCUACUCUAAUUCAGAAGUCACAAACUUGAAUGUUCCUGCUACGUUUCCAAAUAGCUUGCCAAGCGCUACUGACCAUUCUGCUUUGGCAGAGUCUGAACAGACAGCUGGGGUUUUGCUCAUGGAUAAUGAGGACCAGCAUAAACCUAAUGGGAUAGAGUUAGCUAAAGAUACAGAAGGAUUUAAUUCUCCAAAGCAAUGUGAUAGUUCAAAUAGCUGUGACACUGAAAGUGAAACAUCUCCAAAGAUCUCCUCAGCAACUUCACAAGGGACUUUAAUUUCUGAUGUUCUAAUCUCAACGACUGAAGAACAAGAACUACCGGUUUUGGCAGAAGUCACUCCAGACCCCUAUAUAAUGAGUCUUCAGAACCUGAUGAAAAAGUCAAAGGAAUAUCUAGAAAGAGAACAAUCUAGACGCAGUCUGAGGAGCAGUACAAAGAGGAGUGUUAAUGAGAGUCACUCAGACAAAGAAAAUGAUGCUGCUAAAGUGAGCGACUGUGUGAAAGAGAAAGCCCUGGUCAUAGGCAAACAUUGUGGCUCAGUGAUUCCAGAUAAACCAAGCCUUAAUAAAUCAAAUGUUCUUCUCCAAGGUGCUUCCUCUCAAGCAGGCAGCACAAAUACAUCUGUUUCAGGUAGCUUUUCUAAAGUAGAUAUUCCUAUACAAACUGGCCAUCCCACUGUUCUGGAUUCUGAGGCUGAUUUUAAAGUUAUUCCCACUUCUAUUACUGAAAAUAAUGUAAUCAAAAGCCUUACUGGUUCAUAUGCCAAAUUACCUAGUCCUGAGCCAAGUAUGAGCCCUAAAAUGCAUCGAAGGCGUUCCAGGCCACCAUCAGCAUGUCAUAUACUUAUAAAUAACCCAAUAAAUGCCUGUGAGUUAAGCCCUAAAGGAAAAGAACAAACAGUGGACCUAAUUAUUCCAGAUACUGAUGAAAAAACAACUAUAUCUGAAACUGUGCCAAAGUUACCAAUUGAUUUAGCAGGAGUUUGUUCUAGCAAAAUUUAUGUCUGCAAAAAUGCUAUUGAAGCCAUAGAAGAUGCAACUGUAGGCAAAUCAAGUCAGGUGUGUCAAUCUUUGGGAAAUCAACUAGAAAAUAAAGUUACACAUGGACUUGCUGUUGUGGAAGGCCAGUUAAUAUCUGAUGCCAGAGGAGCACACAAAAGUAAUACUCCUUGUUCUACAGGGCCCAUGUCACAUGAGCCAUGUGCCACUGCCAGUCAGUGUAUAGCAAGUCAAAACUUGGGAACUGUGAGUGGAUUCAAGUCAGUCAGUAUGUUAGAGAAAAACUCCUGCAAUUCACAAAUAGAAUUAAAUAAGUCUUAUCAUGUGAAAAAUCCAUCUCCUUUAUUGAUGCAAAACCAGAACACUACACCACCGAUGGAUAUACCUAUGGUGUCCUGUGGAAAUGAACAGCUUUUGGAUAACAGUUUUGAAAAAGUUAAGCGAAGACUUGAUCUAGAUAUGGAUGGUUUGCAGAAGGAAAAUUGUCCUUAUGUGAUAACCACUGAAGAACAGAGACAUUUGCCAGAGAAAAGAUACCCUGCAGGAUCUUUCUAUAGUCACAAGAAUAAAAUACUAGAAACUAGUACCAAAGAAGGUGAGGAUAUACUAAAAAGCAGGAUGUUAGCUUUUGAAGAAAUGCGGAAGAGACUAGAAGAACAACAUGCCCAGCAAUUAUCACUGCUCAUAGCUGAGCAGGAAAGGGAGCAGGAAAGACUGCAAAAGGAAAUAGAAGAACAGGAGAAAAUGUUAAAAGAAAAGGAAGCGAUUACAGCCGAAGUCUCUGAAUUGAAUAUUAACAAUACGGUAGAUUUAGAGUGGAGAAAAAUAAGUGAUUCAGGUUUGUUGGAAACAAUGAUGUCUCAAGUGGAUUCAUUUCGCACUUCAAAUUCACAUAGUUCUGGUUUCACAAAUUCUGGCCUACAGUACAGCUGUGGUUCUGCAAAUGAAACACCCUUCUACCUCUGGGGAUCCUCAACUAGUGGCAUGACCAGACUCUCAGUACCAAGGCCUUUUGGAAGGGGCCAACCUAGAUGGUCUCAGGUUUUUAAUCCAGAAGUACAAGCAAAAUUUAACAAAAUAACUGCCAUGGCAAAGGGAUUUCUUACUCGUAGGCUUAUGCAGACAGAUAAGCUGAAGCAGCUUCGACAAACUGUAAAAGAUACGAUGGAAUUCAUAAGAAACUUUCAGUCAGAAGCACCAUUAAAGAGAGGCAUUGUCUCAGCACAGGAUGCGUCACUUCAGGAGAGAGUGUUGGCACAGUUGCGAGCUGCACUGUAUGGAAUUCAUGACAUAUUCUUUGUAAUGGAUGCAGCUGAAAGAAUGUCUAUUCUGCAGCAUGAUCGAGAAGUUCGCAAAGAGAAAAUGCUCAGGCAAAUGGAUAAAAUGAAAAGUCCACGUGUGGCCCUUUCAGCUGCAACACAGAAGUCUCUCGAUAGGAAGAAGUACAUGAAAGCUGCUGAAAUGGGAAUGCCAAAUAAGAAAUUUCUGGUUAAACAAAGUCCUUCUGAAACAAGAGUCCUUCAGCCAAACCAAGGACAGAAUGCACCUGUUCAUAGGCUACUUAGUAGACAAGGAACCCCUAAGACAUCAGUGAAGGGGGUUAUCCAGAAUAGACAGAAGCCUUCCCAGAGCAGAGUGCCUAACAGAGCGCCUGUCUCAGGAGUAUAUGCAGGAAAAAUCCAAAGAAAGCGGCCAAAUGUUGCGACAAUUUAAGAAGACAACAUUCAUUAGGAUAAGAGGGGAGGAUUAUUACCAUAUAAUUUUCCCUACCAAAUAGACUUUAUUAAACUCUGGACUGUUUACACAGGCAAAGUGACCGAAUCAAAGGGCUGAGCAAUCAUCUCAUCAUUUGGUCAGUCUGGUUAGUUCCUGCCUUGCUCUCCCAUUUUCAUCUUUAGGUUUGGAUGAAGCCAAAUUAGUGUUCAUCUUUAUGCUUAACCUAUAAAAAUAUGUUUUACAUGCCCAGGUGUCUACAGAUACCCUUUUUGUAUACUUUAAAAGACAUCUGAUUUUAGUUUUACAAGAUACUGAAAUAAAUUAUAAAUUAAGUUCAAGCCAGGUGUGGUGGCGCAGGCCUAUAAUCCUAGCACUCUGGGAGACUGAGACAGGAGGAUUGCUGUGAGUUUGAGGCCAGUCUGGGCUAUAAAAUGAGUUCAAGGCCAGCCUGAACUGCAUAGUGAAACUCUUUGUCAAAAAAAGCCUAAAA